ACGAUGUGAAUUUUCAAUUAUAAUUACUCGAAAUAGAAAGAGAUUUUACUAUAAUAUAUAACCGUUCAUAGAUUUACAACAUUUAAUCAUACAUAUAAUGUAAUUAUAAUAUUGUAACUAUAAUUAUAAUGUUUUUAAUUAUUUGAAUAUUUUUUUUAUAAAACUGCAAUUAUUAAAUAUUUUAUUUCACAUUCACGGAUUGGAUAAGCACUUUGACAUUAGCCAAUCACGAAAGACAUCAGUGCAUCGAGAUAGUUCUGCGUGAGAAAAUCAACCGUAACCUAACUACAGUGAUCAUUGUGUUGUAAUUCUCACAAAUAAUGCUAGUUGUAAAAUUAAAUUGACAAUAACUUGCCAACACAUUUUUUAGGCAUAUUUCUCUUACUACUUUCAUGGUUUCAUAUGUGUGAUUGAUUGCGAGUUAUAAUACGAUUACAAUACAUUUUAUUUAACGAUCUUUUUUUCCGAGAUUUGCAUAAAUUUAUAAUUAUUGCAUUACACGCAAUAUGAAGUUAAGUACGGAUUUGUAUGAUAACUUAUAUCUAUAUGCUACACCAGAGAAAUUUUAUGUUGAGCCAGCAGGUAUUAAAGUAUUACUUGUAGUCGAUAGAGUAAGUCAACAAGUUUAUACUCAAGUUGGUACAGCCAGCCUAAUACCACCUACUGCUAGUCGUAGAAAAAUAUGGGGAAUAGUAGGAACUAUUCGUCUUUUAGCAUGUCGUUAUCUCAUAGUAAUUACAGAUGCGCUAAUGAUUGGAACAAUAGCAGGUCAACAAAUUUAUAGAAUUGUUUCUACAGAUGUGAUACCAUAUUCGAGAUCGUCUUUACAUUUGAGUGAAAAACAAGUACAGAAUAAUGCCACAUAUUUAGAAAUGGUUAAAUCUGUUUUAAAUACACCUUACUUUUACUUUAGUUAUACAUACGACCUCAGUCAUACUACACAAAGGCUUCAUAAUACGACGCCUGAAUUUCUACAGAUGACACUUUAUGAUAGAGCAGACCUUCGGUUUGUGUGGAAUGCUUACCUUUUGCAAGAUUUAACGGCCAGGGUCGAAUUAUACAAAUUUUGCUUGCCUAUUAUACACGGAUUUAUAUCUUUAAACACUGUUGUUGUUAAUAGUAUUGCAUUCAAUUGGGGUAUUGUUUCAAGGCGCAGUAUACAUCGCGCAGGUACAAGACUUUUUUCACGUGGUAUAGACUCUAGUGGAAACGUUUCUAAUUAUGUAGAAACAGAACAGUUAAUCGAAGUAAAUGGAUAUCGUAGUUCUUUUGUACAAACGCGAGGUUCUAUACCUUUGUUUUGGUACCAAGCUCCAAAUUUAAAAUAUAAACCUAAGCCCCAGCUAAGUGUUCACGAAGAUCAUCAAACUGCAUGUGUUAGGCAUUUUGAUUCUCAGAUUUUCCAUUAUGGAAAACAAAUCUUGGUAAACUUGAUCGACCAACGUGGGCCAGAAGCUAUAUUAGAAAAAUCAUAUCACGAUAUUGUUCAGAGAAUUAAUAAUCAAAACGUACGGUAUGAAGCUUUCGAUUUUCAUGCUGAAUGUAGAAGAUUAAGAUGGGAUCGAUUAAAUAUUUUGAUGGACCGGUUAACUCACGAUCAGGAACAAAUGAGUUAUUUUCUUCUCACAAGAGACGGAUUACUGCUUUCUGUGCAAGAUGGUGUUUUCCGUACAAAUUGUAUCGAUUGCCUUGAUCGCACUAACGUUGUUCAAAGUAUGUUAGCGAAAAGAGUUUUGAACGAAGUAUUGACGAAGUUGGAAGUACUCCGGAAGAUCGAAGAUCAUCCUUCUUUUGAGAAUCUUUUUAAACAGGUAUGGGCUGAUAAUGCAGAUGUUAUAAGUAUACAGUAUUCUGGUACUGGUGCAUUAAAAACUGAUUUUACACGAACCGGCAAACGUACCAAAUUGGGUGCAUUUAGAGAUGGUAUAAAUUCAUUAACGAGAUACUAUAAGAAUAACUUUGCCGAUGGUUAUCGACAGGAUUCACUGGAUCUAUUCUUAGGUCGCUAUAUCGUGCAAGAUGGCGAAUGUACUUUGAUUCAGUGUCCCUUGGAAUCUGAACGAAAUUGGCGAUACGCUACAUUCCCAUUAGUUUUGUUAGUUGCAUCAUCGAUGCUUGUUGCACAUAUAAUUCUUCCUUCUCGAUAUACUACAGAAGUUUUGCUUUAUAUGUUAUUUUGGGGUGCUAUGGUUGCAGGAACUUUUGCUACCAUUAUUCAUCAUGGAAAACAAUAUGUAGAUAAACCUAAAUUAACAUAGAAGGAAAAGUACAAUUCCUUUUUAAGGCAUACGUACUGUAAGAACUUAUAAUUAAUGAGGAAAGAUAAUUUAAAUCAAGAAUGGCUUUAACUUUUUAUUGUUAAGCCGUUAAAUUGUAGAAGUGCUUUAUUGUAUGAAAGUUAAAAGGGAAUAUUAACGUAUAUUCCUGCAUUCCGUAUAAUUUUUCUUUAUGAAUUGUAAAACAUUAUAGUACAUAUUUUCAUAAAUUUUAAGCUGUACAUAUACAUUACUCCAAAAAUUCUGAGGGGACAUUGAAAGCAUGUAUUCUAUACGAAGUAGACAAAUGUAUGGUGGAAUUGCUUUUCAUUCUUCUUGAACGAUCAUAGGGGUACGUCUUUUGACAAUAUGCAAUUUUCUAAGUAGAGUGUAUACUAAACUAUUUUUAAGAGAUAAUCGUUCUCUGGGAUUGGCUUUACAUCUUGAAAAAAAUUCAUCCAUAGUGUCAUAUAAGGCUAAGUGUCUAGUUUCUGGAAAUACUUGUGUAAACAUGGCACUGAUAAACGUUGUUAAGCCACAAACCCCAUUUGGUACCCACCAUCCAUAAAUAAUCUGUAAUUAUAAUGAAAUUAUAUUUAAAAUUAUCUCAAACAUUUUUUUGGAUUUUAAUCUAUUAUAUAUGAUACUGCAUUUUAUGAUGAAAAUAUUUACUUAGCAGAAAGGAAUAUUAUAAUCAUAAAAAGAGCAUUUGUUAUAGGGUAGAGAUAUAUUUCUUUUUUAAAGUCAAUGUCAGAAGUUGUGCAAUAACACGAUUAUGUGAAUUAUAACUUUUACGUUAUUUUUUGCGUUAGUAAUAUAUAAUGUUUUUAGAUAGAUUAAUUAAAGUAAUCGGUAUAAUAGCACAAUACAAUUUGAGCUAUCAAUGAAUUUUGAGAAGUCUAGAUAAGCUUUUUCGGGAAUUGUAAAAUUUUACGUCCCAUUUAUUAUGCUGCACGAAAUGGUGUAUGGAGAUCAUAGUAAUGGCACCAAUUAAUAGAACUUAUAAUCAUAUGGAAAUUUAUUUAACUGAUUUUCGAUAUUUUAACAAAUAUUACAAGGAGGAAUUACAUAAGUCAAAUAUGUAUAUAUAAUAUACAUAUACAUAUGUACGUACGCAUAUAUACGUAGUAAUCACUCAUGUGAGCCUCUUUGCAUAUAUAUAUAUAUAUAUAUAUAUAUAUAUAUACAUAUACACACACAUAUACAUACAUACAUAUAAAAUUUAAUUUUUCAACUGCCACGAUAAACAAUGUUACACGAAAUAUUUCUUCAGCCAAAUUAUUUGUAAUUGUAUACUUGAAACCAAAGUACCUCCUAACUAUUUAUAUCUGUAUCUAUUCUGAAUUAUAUAAAUGAGGUUUAAAAAGCUUUGCAGGGGAAAAAUAUUUUUUAAUAUAUUGAAAAUACUUUCGCCGUAACAAAAUUCGAUAGGUAGUACACUUUAAUAUUAGUAUUAAAAAAAAAAAAAAAGAAAAGAAAAAAAAAAGAAAGAAAAAUAAAAGCCGCGACAUUCUUAUUACAAACGAUGUAGAUAUUUAAUUGUGUUAAUAAAAACUUAACAACGCGUU